UGUAAAGCAGUGAUUCCCAAACUGUGCGCCGCGGCGCCGCGGGGAGCGACUUUACGUGUCUCUUUGACGAAUUGUCGUGUGGUGCUAAGACUGGCAAUGCCCACUGAUGAUACUGACUACGAUGCCGGCAAAACAUCUGAGAAUGUACCACGUCUACCGUCCGACUGA